UUCCAUUUUUUUUUUUUCUUGGACAACGAAACUUAAAAUUUUAAUUUGAAUACGUUUACCACUCAAUCAAAGUAAACAGAUAGUUUCACUUCAUUUGUCAAGACUUGGUCCUCCAAUAAUCGCUAUAAUUCUAACUGGACCACCACUGAUUCUGUAGAGUCUUCAUUUAAAAAUUGAACCAUACGUUACACAAAAUAUUCUACAGUGACCAAGACAAUUUAAGACUUGAAUAAUUUUCUACCCUAACUUCUCUUGGAACUCCAACCUUAAUAAAUAAGGAAAAUACCUUUGACAACACUUCUCAUUGAAGUUGAAGUCCACCAUAGUUUUUCUCUGUUCUCCCUGUUCCAUCUUUAAUUGCUCUUCACUCUCUACAACCACUCCCACUACAUGGCCUCCUUCACCUAGUGAAUUUAGCUUACUAAAGUUUUUUCAGGGUCAAGUGCCAUGUCUUCUCUCUAAACCCUUGUAUUACUCAUUCCUAAUACUCUACUCAGGUGAUAUAUUUAAGAUCAAAGAGAAACCCAUUUGUCUGUUGAAUCUUGUAUGGAUUUUGUAAGCAAAAGACACCUGAUUCAUGUGUUACAUAUGUCACAAGAUCUUCCCCCCAGCAUAAGUCAUCCCCAUUUGGGUGUACAUCCUUCUAGUACAAGUUUUCCCAUUAUAGGAAUCAUUGUAAUAGGAAUACUGGCUACUUCUUUCUUGCUUAUGAGCUACUACAUCUUUGUGAUCAAGUGCUGCCUCCAUUGGCACAUUGUUGAUCAUGUUAGAGGUUUUUCUCUAUCAAGCAGACAUGAAGAGCCUUCUGCAGCAUACUCACCAGCAUCAGAGCCCAGAGGACUAGAGGAAACAGUGAUUCGGUUAAUCCCGGUGAUUCAUUACAAGACAGAAGGAAACACAGACUUUGGUGAAAGAAGCUUAUGUGAAUGUGCAGUUUGCUUGAAUGAGUUUCAAGAAGAUGAGAAGCUCAGGGUCAUACCAAAUUGUAGCCAUAUCUUUCAUAUUGAUUGCAUAGAUGUUUGGCUUCAAAACAAUGCCAAUUGCCCACUUUGUAGAAGAAGCAUUUCCUUGACAAGCCAAACCCAUGUUGAUGAUCAGCUUCUCACUCCAAGGCCUUCCCCUCGGGAUCAUAGCACACAUGUUGAAAACCUCAUUGGUGGUGAUGAUUUUGUUGUGAUUGAUUUGGAUAAUGAACAUGAUACAGACCAAAACUUGCAAGGAAGACAAGAAGAAAGAGGUCCUAUUAGUCCUUCACAGAGGAAGUUUGAGCAAAGAAUUGUUCAGAAGAAAGCAAGGAAGCUUCAUAAAGUGAUAAGCAUGGGAGAUGAAUGUAUAAGUGUUAGAGCCAAAGAUGGUCCUCAAUCAGUUCAACCCAUCAGGAGGUCCUUUUCCAUGGAUUCAUCAGUGGACAGAAAGUUCUAUCUGCCAGUUCAACAGUCUUUACAGCAACAGAAUGAGGUCAACUCCAUUGAAGUUUGUGGUGAUAGUGGUAGAGUCAAGAGAUCAUUCUUUUCCUUUGGACAUGGAAGUAGAUCAAGAAGUGCUGUGCUACCUGUUUAUUUGGACCCCUGAAAAAGUGAAAAUUUAUUCUGUCACCCCCUCCCCCCACCCUUUUCCUCAUGGGUAUCUCCACCCAUUUGGAUUAAAAUUAAUCCCCUCUGUGGUGUAGAACAUGAAAGUUUUUAUCUCUUAUCCCAAGUUACUUCACCUAAGUAUCGAACCAGAGACCUUUCAUUUUAGCCUAGGUAGGUCUACAAGUUUUUAUUUGGAUGUGUGUGCUGUAAGACUGAUAAAUUAGAUGUAUGAAAUGAAUAAGACAUAGGAUUGUAUGUUAUACUAAUAUAGGAUUUAUUAUUAUUUUAG